AAUGAGGGAGAUCCGGGCUCAGCUCCACCCCUCAUUCACUCCGAUUGGAUGGAGGUCAGCUGCUCACGAUCGGUCCUCCAGCCAUGCCCCCUCUUCCUAUUGUUGUGAAGCUGCCGUCAAUCAGUCCCCGGGCAUUGUGAUCUGGAGCAUGCGCAGUGCAGGUGAUGUCCAUGAAUAGACGCUUGUUUGUCUCAUCUUCAGGCGGGAAGGAGGCGGAUAAGCGGAGGCAGCGUUAGGGGCGGUGGGUGGUACGGAAGGCUUCACAAACACCCAGUGGAGGCCUCAACGCCAUAAACAAGAAGCUUCAGUCAAUUGCACAGGAGAUUAGAAGGGGAGAAUUUGCAGUUCAGAAACUCAAACUAAACAUCACAUCAGGAUCUGAAUGAGUCACCAAUUCAUCAGGACCUGAAUAUCAUCAGCCUUUGAACAUGGAACCAAAAAGCACCAUUCACUCUGGGGAAAAACUAUGGAAGUGUGGGGACUAUGAGAAUGGAUUCAAUUACCCAUCUGAGCUGGAAAUUCACCAGCGAAUUCACACUGAGGAGAGGCCGUUCACUUGUUCUGAGUGCGGGAAGGGAUUCACAAAGUCAAACUACCUGCGAAAACACCAGCGAGUUCACACUGGGAAGAGGCCGUUCACCUGCUCCGAGUGUGGGAAAGGAUUCAUUAAUUCAUCUGAUCUGCUGACACACCGAAGAGUUCACACUGGGGAGAGGCCAUUCAUCUGCCCCAAGUGUGGGAAGGGAUUCGCUCAGUCAUCCACCCUGCUUAUACACCAGCGAGGUCACACUGGGGAGAGACCGUUCACCUGCUCUGUGUGUGGGAAGGGAUUCACUUGCUCAUCAAACCUGAUGAGACACCAGCAAAUUCACACCGACAAGAAACCUUUCAAAUGCACAGACUGUGAGAAGUGCUAUAAAAGUUUUGAGGAACUGAUGUCCCAUCAACGUUUUCACACUGACGAAAGACCGUUCAGGUGCUCUCACUGUGGGGCUGGGUUCAGGCAAUCAUGUGAACUCACUGUACACCAGCGAAUUCACACUGGGGAGAGACCGUUCCUCUGCUCCGAGUGUGGGAAGGGAUUCACUCAGUCAUCGCACCUGCUGAGGCACCAGCGAGUUCACACUGAUGAGAGACCUUUUAAAUGCCCAGACUGCGGAAGGUGCUAUAAAAGUUCUGGGGAACUGAUGCGCCAUCAACGUAUUCACACUGAUGUGAGACCAUUCAGAUGCUCUCAAUGUGGCACUGGGUUCAGGUGGUCAUCUGAACUCACUGUACACCAGCGAGCACACACUGGGGAGAGGCCAUUUAUCUGCUCUGAGUGCGGAAAGGGAUUCACUCAGUCAUCCCACCUGCAGAAACACCAGCGAGUUCACAGUGCGGAGAGACCAUUUAUCUGCAUUGUGUGUGGGAAGAGAUUCACUCGGUCAUCCACCCUGAUGAGUCAUCAGCGAGUUCACAAACAAUUACAGUGAUUGGAUUUUGCUGUUGAUCACGUCCAAGACUGAACCAUGUUCAUUGGGUCUGUUUCUGCUGAUAAUAAACUCCAACCCAGUUAUAGUGGUUGAUAUUCUGGAUAAAGGUCUAAUAAAUCAGUUUUGUAU